AUGGAUCUAUCGGGGAGCCAGCUUCCUAAGAACGAUUCUCGUUUGGAGAUCUACUCUGGUAUAAAUCUGCGUGAGGAUAUUCAAAUGGUCAAGGAACAAAUGAGAUCCAAGAUCUCCAACCUGCAGGACAUCACGCACGUGUACUACUGUGGCAAAUAUGGUAUGAAAUCUGAGACGGAAAAAGCCUACUCGAACGCGACGGCAUAUUUAGUCGACGUCAUGGAGAUUCGCAAUAUCAACAUCAUCAUGACCCAAACCGCAGUCAAGGCAAUUGAUGAGAUCUGCACGAGUCUUAAGUUUCUCAGUCUCCAGACUGGCACCAAUAGCUACGGAGUGGCUGUUUUCCAACAUCAGGACAAGAUUGAAAUACACCCGCCAUUGAAAGAGUCUCAGGCGCGAAUUCCAUCUCCAUACGGAAAUGAGAUCUUCUACUACGGGCAAGUAGAUGCUAUCAAGGAAUUGCAGAAGGGCAAGUCCUGGAGAUGGUGUGAAGUCUGCUCCGAUGCAAUAGUCGGCUUCGUCCCUGGCACGACUUCAAUCAUGACGUUCCUAGAGCCGACCGCUCUUGUUCUUGCGCUCUGGCGUUAUGUUCAUGGGCCCGGAGCCGAAAUCAAGUUCAUCGGUACAGCUACGAAUUACAUCCACACCAACACAGACUCGUCCCAGGAUACUAUUGCAAAGUCUCAUAUUUAUCUCUCGACUGUGGAGCCAGAAGAGUCAAAUGGGGAAGCUUUCAAUAUUGCUGAUAAUGCGACUCCAGUAUCCUGGGUUGAGCGAUGGCCCGUCAUGGUCGAUUAUUUUGGGUUGCAGGGGACACCUCCUGUUAAGGAAGCACAGACAACGUUUCCUGUUGAGAAGUGGUGGGAAGAACACCAAGAUGAUUACAGGAGGAUGUGUGCCGAGUUUGGCUUGAAGCACCGUGAUAUACCAGCUGCGUCUUGGAUCUUUACGAUGGGGGUCGGCUUUUCUCUCUUACAGAGGAAUCGGGCAAUGUGCCUGGACAAGAUCCGGUCUAUUGGGUUCAAGGAGGAAUUGGGCAUGUCUGAAGGUUAUAUCAUCGCCUUUGAUCGCAUGGUUGCUGCCAACAUUCUUCCCCCGCGGAAGUUGAUGUAG